ACGACGCCUACGCCGGCGUCUUUCCUCUUCUCUCUCUACAGAAUCAUUCGUAUAUCUCUUUCCGUAUAGAUAUUCAUCCACCAUUUGGAUCUCUCUCGUUUUCAUAAUUGACGGUGCCGCAAUUCCUUCUCCGACCGAUUCUUUCUACCUCUCUCCCUGUCUGCAUUCACAUUCACAUUCAAUCCGAAGAUCUUCCUUCCGAUCUUUUGUUUCUCAAAUGUCGAUUAGAACAACCAAAGUGGACAAUGUUUCUUUAGGUGCAACUCUACAAGACAUUCAAGAGUUCUUUUCUUUUUCUGGGGAUAUUGAAUAUGUGGAAUUCAAAAGUGACACUGAGCGGUCCCAAACCGCAUAUGUUACUUUCAAGGACUCACAAGGUGCAGAAACUGCUGUCUUACUUUCGGGAGCAACAAUUGUCGAUCAAUCCGUCACAGUAACUCUAGAUCCCGAUUACCAACUUCCGCCAGCUGCUAUACCACCAACACCUCCGAAAACUGAGGACAGUGAGAACUCCGCAUUAUAUAAAGCAGAGGACGUAGUAACAACAAUGCUAGCCAAAGGUUACAUCUUAGGAAAAGACGCCGCCAACAAAGCGAAAUCUUUUGACGAAAAGCUCCAACUAACUUCCACUGCCUCUGCAACCGUUGUAUCUUUAGACAAGAGAAUCGGUCUGAGCGAGAAAAUAUGCAUGGGAACGGCCGUUGUGAAUGAGAAAGUUCGAGAGGUGGAUCAGAAACUUUUGGUUUCGGAGAAAGCGAAAACUGCAUUCGCAGUGGCUGAGCAGACUGUGAGUAGCGCUGGAUCAGCGAUUAUGAAGAACAGGUAUGUGAUGACUGGAGCGACAUGGGUGGCGGGGGCAUUUAGUAGAGUUGCACAAGCGGCGGAGGAAAUUGGACAGCACACGAAGGAGAAAGUUGGGAAGGCGGAAGACGAGGAGAGGAGGAAAAUGGUGGAUGAUUUCGCGAAAGUUCACUUAGCCGAGACACCUAAGGGAUCAGAAUCGGAGUCGGAUGGGACUCGUGGUUUGGAUUUCAAACCUGCAACUACUCAAAGUUUGGUUCUAUAAGAGUUUUGAUUCGGGUAAAGAUACUUUGAUCACUUACUUCUUGAUUGCAGUUUGAAAUUGUUUUAUGUUUAUUUCUUCUUGUUUUAGAAUAUAAAGUUUGGUUGUGUUAAAGAAAAAAUUAAAUAGAGAAAUGAUAAUAACAUAUACAUGA